UACACAUUCGCGCACACAACAGCACAGUUCUGCUUCUACUUUUCGUACUGAGGGUACCCGCCUGCUGUCGGUAUUUUAUUCAGUGUGCCUGUCCUAUGUCUUCUCUGCUGCGCUGCCCUGCCUGCAUUCUAAUGGCGGAAUUUCUCGUUCGGCCGCCCUCAUAGAAACCAGUCUGUUGAGAUAAUAAGUGAUAUCGUUCUUGAAUUAGUUGUCCAUCGUUCUGUGACCGUCUACUAGAUCCCGGUAACUAUCGCCUUGUGGUGACCAUGGUUCCUUGGUUUGCGCGCCCGUCGUAGUUCCGAGUUACGAAGAUUUCGGUAAUCACCAAUCAAUCUCACUCUAGUCGUCGUCUUAAACCCGCCGCAGCAAGUGCGAUACGUCCGAGUGCGUUUCUAUCGAGAGUUAGUGGUCCCUUUCUUCCGUUUUACGGUAUCAAGACGUCGGUGCAGGGAAAUAAAUAAUCAAGAGAGUCAGCUAUCAUCGGUGCAGUGCAAUAAUCAUGUCGACCAAACUGCAGCGGGGUUCGUCUCAAGGCGGCAAAAAACGCAAUCAACAACCGAAGCAAAGGCAGCAGAAGCAACAGCAGUUGACCACAACCGAGGAAGAUCUGGAUGGCAACGGUAAACGGCUCGAAAAGUCCCUGGCCACUAUGACGGUCAAUGUGGUUGAUCUGCUCAAGCGGGCCCCACAAGGCAUCCUUAAUCUGGGUGAUGCUACGAAACUUUUGCAAGUGCGCCAGAAGCGACGGAUCUACGAUGUGACCAAUGUCCUGGAAGGGAUCGGUUUGAUCGAGAAGUCCGGGAAAAACAGCGUCAAGUGGCGCGGAGCCGUGCCGGAUGCGAGGAAAACGAAACGCGCCAUUCGAGUGCUUAAGCAUGAACGCACUAAUUUACUCCAGUACGAGGCUCGCAUUGACCAAUAUCUGAAACUGAUUAGCCAAAGUACCCAGAAUUCCAAAUCGAAUGAAUCCGAUUCUUCCUACGCGUAUGUGACGAGCAAUGAUUUGGUGGACGUUUUCGGACUACAUUCGACUAAUGUUGUCAUAAAGAAGGAUCCAAAGCUGAUCCAGGGUUCUGUAGCGUUGAAGAAGGGCACCCGAACCUUAAAUGUUUCUUCCGAUGACAGACACCCGCUGGACGUUAUAUUGCUACGGGAACCGCAUGGAGCAUGUUUUACCAGACCAAGCCGGAAAGUCAACAUCGAUCGUCGGCGUAGGUCUCAAUUGAAGCUUGAAGGUAACGAUCUUCGGGACAGUACAAGUGCAAUGCAGCAACUUAAUGUAAGUAAAAACCAAACCGAACAAUCUGGGCCGAGGAUACAACAAGAUAAUUUAGAGGGAAACAGUUAUUCUGAGUUGCAAGACGAAAAGGAUCUCACAAGGUGUAGUCAGUUUCAACCAAAUCCUUGGGCUGGCCCGGAUUUGGAUUCAGAUUCUCCUUUUAUUCCAUUGGAAACUUCCGGCCUGCUGAGCUAUAACGUUUCAUUGGACCCGAGAGAAGGUAUUUUCAAUUUAUUUGACCUGGAUUAUCCGUCCGUGAGAGGCUCUGAAUCUAGGGAUUGUAAUUCUCAUACAGAUGUCCCGGGUAUCGGGGCCCAAUUAGGUGAAAUUUAAAUGUUAUCCUAUGUGACUGUUUUAUUUUAGCAAUUGUAUCACGUAAGCAUUACACCCAUCUUCCAUAGCGCGUCGAUUCCAAAUCAAGUGGAUAGGUGUGAUAGUUUUUUUAGUCUAUAUUUAUGUGACCAGCUAUUAGGUGAACGUCGAGUGAUUUUCAAAAUUUAGUCUAGCCACAUCACCUUGAUAAGAUGUUUAAGUUCCACCCGAAGAAAAAUAGCACCCCCUGUUCUGGAAGAUAGAGUCAUCUCAA